AUGUCUUCUAUUCGUGUUCGUUUUGCUCCUUCCCCCACUGGACAACUUCAUUUUGGUGGUCUUCGUACAGCUUUAUAUAAUUUUUUAUUUGCAAAAUCAUUUAACGGAAAAUUCCUCCUACGUAUUGAAGAUACUGAUCGUGAGCGUAUAGUACCCGGUUCAACUGAACAUAUAAAAUCUGGACUUGAAUGGGCUCGUAUAAAACCGGACGAACCAGCUGUUAUACAAUCUGAACGUGUUGAACUCUAUCGAAAACAUUUAGUCACGCUAUUCGGAAAAUUAAAUCAUCAAAAUCAACCACAUAUUUAUCGAUGUUUUUGUACCAUUGAUCGAUUGAUGCUUUUAAGACAUGAAUGUAAACGACGUUCACAGCCAUACAGAUACGAUGGACGCUGUAAAGAAUUAAGUGAAAAACAGCAACAUGAAUACAUUCAGCAAGGUCUUCCACAUGUCAUUCGUUUUUCUUUGCCAACUGAUGACAAAGGAAUUCAAAUUUAUGAUGAUCUUGUUUAUGGUCAUCAUGAACAUAAUCCUUAUGCUACUGAAGGAGAUUUUAUUCUGCUGAAAUCCGAUGGUUUUCCAACAUAUCAUUUAGCAAAUGUUGUUGAUGAUCAUCUAAUGGAAAUUAGUCAUGUUUUUCGUGGUCAUGAAUGGCAAACGUCAACAUCGAAACAUUUACUUCUCUAUAAAGCAUUCAAUUGGCAACCACCUAGAUACGGUCAUUUACCAUUACUUGAACGUGAACGUGGAAGAAAAUUAUCUAAACGUGAUGCAGAGAAUGCUCACAAUCCAAUUGAAAUCGAUUACUAUCGUCAAAAAGGUUAUUUUCCAAAUGCUGUAUUAAAUUUUAUAAUUCUAUGUGGUGGUGGCGGUUUUAAAGAUGAUGAUACAGUUAUAGGAAAAACACUUGAUGAAAUGGUAUCAUUAUUUGAUAUAAAAUUAUUUAGUCGACAUGCAGCUAUAGUUGAUUUUAAAAAAUUAGCUGUUUGCCAACGAGCGCAUUUUAAACGUGAAUAUCAAACAUCGAAAGAAGGCCGUCAAAAGAUCAUUGAAGAACUUCGUCAAAACGUGCUUCAUUAUUUUCCGGAAAAAAAUUCUACAAGUUCUAUGCAAUUACAAAAUGAUUAUCUUGAAAAAAUUUUGACUAUGAUCGAUUUUCGUAUUGUUCUACUUGAUGAAUUAUUUACGAAUAAUUUAUACGAAUAUUUAUGGAAAGAUCCAGAACUUAAAAAAGAUCUAAUUCAUGAUGUUCAACAAUUUAAAUUUGUUAUCAAAUAUACAUUAGAUAAUUUAAAUCAAAUUCAUUUUACGCACGAUGAUAUCAAACAAUUCAUUGAAAACUAUCGGCCAAAUAAAAUAAAUAAUAAAGAAGUGUUUCGUAUAUGGCGUUUAGUUCUAUGUGGCUGUUUACAAGGACCGCCUGUUCAUGAAAUAGCGAGUUUUUUCGGACCGGAUAUUAUAUGCAAACGAUUCAAACAUGCUCUUGUUGUAUUAGAUCAACAGAAUGAAAAUUUUCCAGUCUAG